AUGGCUCUCAACUGCCAGGCUAAAAUUCGUUUGUGUAACACUGGCGAACAGUUAAAAAUCACGAUAAUUGAUUUGAAACAUAAUCACAAAGUCGUUCAAGCUAAUAUGAAAUUUUAUGCUCGUAAUAGACGACUAGAUGAUUCAGCUAUUGAAUUAAUUAAAAAUUAUGAUCAGCAUAAAGUACCGAGAAGUAUUAUUAGAAAUCUUAUUAUGGACAAAAAAAAUAUGAAAUGUAACACCGUUAAAGAUAUUGCGAACGUUUUAAACAAGACGACAUUGAACAAUAGUCCAUCACAAAAUACAGCAGUUCAUGAUUUAUUGAAUGAAAUAAAACUAGCAGAUCCAACGGCGACACUUGAAGUCAACAUAUUAUAA